AUGAGCCUGCCGUGGGCAGAGCGCGCCCGGGAGCCGCCGGGGCCGCCGGAGCCGCCGCCGGGCCCGGAGCAGAGCGGGUGCGGCGGCUUCGCGCCCGGCUCGUGGCUCGGCGUGUGCUGCGCCGCCCGCCUGCCCGCCGCCGCCUCGCCGCGCUACCUGCUGCCCGGCGAGGACGAGGAGGCGGCGGCGGCGGAGGGGGGCGGCGGCGGCGGCCCCGGGCUGCGGGCGCAGGUGAGCGGCGUGCAGAAGCAGCGGCGGCUGGCGGCCAACGCGCGGGAGCGGCGGCGGAUGCACGGGCUGAACCACGCCUUCGACCAGCUGCGCAAUGUCAUCCCCUCCUUCAACAACGACAAGAAGCUCUCCAAGUACGAGACGCUGCAGAUGGCGCAGAUCUACAUCAGCGCUCUGGCCGAGCUGCUGCACGGCCCCGCCGCCCCUCCCGAUGCCGCCGGCAAGGCCGAGCACCGCGGGGCCCCCUUCGAGCCGUCCUGCCCCGCCGCCGGGGCCGGAGCUCCGCCGGGGCCGCCGGCGCCGCCGCCGGGGCCGCCCAGAGCGUCGCCCCCCGGGCACGGCAGGACUCGCUUCCCCCCGCCGCCGGCUGCGGGGGGCUACUCGGUGCAGCUCGACCCGCUGCACUUCUCCUUCGCGGAAGGCGCCCUGAUGGGACAGAGAGCCCCUUCCCCCGCCCUCCUCAUGCCACAGCCCGGGCAGCCGCCGCAAGAGCGGAGCAAGACGUCUCCCCGAUCCCACAGGAGCGACGGGGAGUUCUCGCCCCGCUCUCACUACAGCGAUUCGGAUGAGGCCAGCUAAGGCAGGGGCGUAGUCCCCGGCACUUCGCAAGGCCGCCCCUCGAAGCACAGACUCCGCCGUAGGGUGAGCAGCCGGACGCGGUGCCACCACGGACAGCAUCGGCUCCCCUCGGUCGCUUUGAAAUCCGCCCCCUCGUCUCCCACCCCCAGCAGCCCCUGGUUUGUCCGGGGGGGUUGGCUGUUAGCGAGUGACUGUACCCGCCCUGUCUGUCGGGGUCGGUUGGUUUGUUUUCGUUUUUAGUUUACACUUCGAAAGUUUCUUUCGCCUAGAAGUCUUUGCCGUUCCCUUCUGCCAACGCGCCACCUCGCAGCGCG